GUGAUAGUAAACCCUAACAACAACGUGGUUUUGUUUGAGUCUCCGCUGCGGCUUAAACACCCCCAAAAUCUCUUGUGAUUACUGGACCUGUUUUACCAUGAAAUCCACUGGGCAGCCUCCCUCUCUCUAUUUACAAGUUUUUUGUGAAAACGAGGAGCUGCGUCUUCCCCUCCACACUUCCAUAGUGCUGUUCUUGCUGUCUUACUGCGAAUGCAAGUCUUUCAGAGUUUUUCUGGUCCAUAAAAACAAAAGCAGCAGCAGCAGUUCAGAGUCACUGAGGAGUCAGCUUCCAGACUCUCUGGAUGUUUGUGAUGUUCAGUUUGAGUGUCUGCCAGCGCUGGUGAGAGGCUGCCGGCUCCCCGCUGCUCUGGAUGAGACAGGCGGGCUCUGCAGGGCCGGGCUGGCUGUGCUGCUCAGACACAUCAUCAACACGAGCAUCGAGGCUGAUCCUUCCAGAAAUGAUGUCCUGGCGCUGCUGGGUUUCAAGAAAACAUGUUUGAAAGCAUGUGCAGAGGUGAGCAAGUGGACCAGACUGUGUGAAAUCAGCAUCCCCUGUGCUGUCGAGGAACACCUCCAGAAUCCCACCGAUGAGGCCAGACAGCUGCCGCUUUCGAUCCUCACCCUCGAGCGACGGCUCGCGGAGCCCGUCAAAGUCCACAACGAUGACAAAAUACGGAGACAGAAGCUCAAAGAGCAGAGGCGGAGCGAGAAGAGCCGGGGGGACCAGGAGUCUGCCUCCAGUCCCGGAAAGUCACGUCAGGUCUCGGACGGGCUUGAGCUGAGGACGGCUCUGGCCAAGCUGUCUGUGGAUCCAGUUCCGGCUGCAGCCACCAGAGAGAACUCCGAGAUCAGGAAAGUGAAGACGACAGAUUUGCCUCCGCUGGAGCAUGUGUUUGCUGAGGGGCUGUACUUCACUCUGACGGAUGUGGUGCUGUUGCCCUGCGUUCAUCAGUAUCUGGUUUCCCUUCAAACUCGCGCUGCGAGCGCUCUGCAUCAGCUCCCCCACCUGCUUCGCUGGUACAGCCGAGUUCAGGAGGUACCCGGUGUCCUUCGUGCUGCCAAAGACUGUGGGUUCCUUCUGCCCGUCCCCCAGCUUCCCACCUCCAGCAUCCCAGGGCCUCCAUCCCAGGGCGUCCCAGCAAUCCUGCCGGCACAAGACGACAGCCAGGAGACGACCACGCAGCUUCCUUUCGUUGGCGGACCCAGGCCCACAAUGACUAAAGUCAAAGAAAAUGGCAUUGAAGCAGUCUUUGCUUCUCAUCCUUGCCCAUCCUGGACGCUCCCGUGGGACAGUUUACCAGAAGCUAUCAACCCCACUGAAGGGAAAAUGUCAAAUAUCCGUGCCAUCAGGAAGAUGCAACAGCUGAAUAACUUGGUUGCCAUGGUUACAGAGCUAGCCAGACCAGGAGACACCAUUGUGGAUUUCUGCAGCGGAACGGGCCACGUGGGGAUCGUUCUGGCUCACACACUUCCAGACUGCCAGGUCAUCCUCAUAGAGAACAAAGAGGAAUCCCUGGUCAGGGCCCAGAAUCGAAGUGCCGAGCUUGGUUUGAAAAACCUCGGCUUCAUUCAGGCAAAUUUAGAUUACUUCACUGGACCGUUCCACGUUGGGGUUGCCCUCCAUGCAUGUGGCGUUGCGACAGAUAUGGUGUUGGAGCAUUGCAUCCAGGCAGGAGCCGCCUUCGUCAUUAGUCCCUGUUGCUAUGGCUUCAUCCAGAACGCAGUCAAGUUCACCUUCCCCAAGAGCAAAAGGUUCCAGGAGACUUUGACACAUAAGGAACAUAUGAUCCUAUGCCGCUUCGCAGACCAAACUGCUGUGCAGCUUUCGCCGGAGAGGCGUCUCAUCGGUAAGCAGUGUAUGGGCUUGGUGGACUUGGAUCGCUCGUGGGCAGCAGAGACUCACGGGUACUCGGUGCAGGUGAUUACUAUGGAGCCGGAGAGCUGCUCACCAAAGAACAACAUGCUGGUGGGAAGGCCACCGCAGAGGAGCGGACGGGAAGUCAUCGCCGGCCAGCUGGAAGGAGCCACGCAUAAUUAGGACUCGGAGCGCUGGUGGACAUCAGAGCGUCUUCAUAACAGCCAGGGCUGGCAAAAAUCUCUAACGCCUGUGGCCCCUAGCGGAAUAAUGAUCAUUUGUUUAUGCAACAUCAACGUUUUAUUUAUAUUUUACAGGCCGGGUGUUGGAAAAAUUGCCUCAGAAAACGGAAAAAGAAAUGUUUACUGAAUCUGUAAAAAUAAGAGCCAGCUAAAAAAAAUAUCUUUCAGUUUAAGCUUAAAGUGAACGCCGCAUGUUCAUUUUCAGCUCGUUUUGGCUCGUGUUAAGUACUUGUAAAUCACGCACCCAUCGCCGUUCCACCUUGCAAUUACUUUGGAACGUCAAAGAAGAAAUAUUAUGACUAACGCCACACCUCACAACGAGAUUAUGCUGUUUUAAGUGUUUUUAAUUGGUUGAAUUAUGGCAUCUUGUAGGGAUUAGGGGUUGGGCCGGCGGGGAACCAAAUGCAGCGCUCCAAACCAAAUUACAAUAAGCAAAAAAGUUUGGAGAGAUCACACAAGUCCAGAAAUCCAGCCGUACAUGUUUGAGUCCGAACCAGAUCCGGACUAUGAAAAUUGUCCAGCGUAUGAAACCACAACAAAGACAAUCCACAGUCCCUGUUUGGGACAGCUGUACAACUAAAGCUAUGCAGCUGUAGAUGGAAAAUAUACACAGUCUUCAUAGCGGUUGAGGUUAGGUUGCUUUUAUAUAGGAAGAUGUCCAAGUUGUAGUUGAUUGAUAUAUGGUUUCUACGUAUCCACCACACACGUAGCCUGCCCAUGAUGUUUAUAGUAGUCCGUUGUUAUUUCUGUCGCUCUGUAAUUCCGCCACCAAACUCUAGGUGGCAGCGUGAGUUCUGUUCUGCAGCGGCGGAGCUUGCAGUGCUGACCUUCCUUUUGUCUACAUCCUUUUAUUAUGUAGCUCAGACAUGACAAAAAAGCUUUUUCCAGGAAAAAGGAGGAUGGGAGACAAAAGAGAGCUGCACAGCAUUUCUUAGAACUAAUCAAAUAUUCAUUUGAAUCAAACUGAAACUGAUAUUUAAACAUGAAAAACCUCCUUUGUGCUGCUUUACAAGCAGACGACACUGUUGCCUUUCUCAGAAACCCACAAACAAGCUGUUGCUUUAUUUAGCAAAUGUCGUCAAUUACUUACCCUUUGUUGUAGUAAAAGCUCAAUCUCUCCACCGACUGCGGCGUUGUGCUCGUGUUUUUAUUCACACCGUGGGAUUGAGCUGUCGGCAGCCACCAAACAGUUAAUUAACCACACCACACGUACACUUUGUCAGAUGCGGUUUGUCUCUGAAAACACUGGGCAGUUGACUCCGAUUAACAGAAGAGGUUUGGAACUAAAACCUCAUGUGCAGCUCUAGAUGAGAUGGAGAUUCACCUCCGUCUCAUCUCACCUCCUUGCCCCGCGGGUUUUAAUGAGACACACGAGGACAGCAUAUACUGCACAGAGGGAAAAUGGAUUUAAACUCCCAUCAUAUCAGAUCAAAUAGAAAGUUUUUCAUGUUCCUACAGAGAACCUGAUUAUUUUUCAUAAAGGGCAACGCGGGUAGGGUGUGCAUCCUAUAAUAUGUUCAGUGGCAAUGAAUAUUUUAUGAAUCUGGCAGAAAGGUCAGUGUGCCUGAUUAGAUGCGUGGUGUUCAGAGCCUCGUCGUUGAAAAUCUCACAAUACUCCUGCUUUUUCAGCCCCCCGUGCACCAUCGACUCGCGUUGUCCCUAGAGAUUUCCGUCUCGCAGAUGAAGCCGGUCAUCUGGUUUUCUCGAAAGUCCCGUGCUGUCACCUCUGAUAGUGUGUGGUGGCUGCUUGAAAAAUCCGGCGAGGCAGCCAGAGAGCCGUGUUUGCCCGCUUUCUCCGGGAGGAUAGACGAGACGGGGUCAGCCUUUUCCUGCAUCCGACUCAUCUGAAUUCAGUCGGUGGAGUCAAUCUCUCCUGAGGGGAACGGCCACAGAUAUAGGAGGACGUUCUGGCUCUGCACGACUUCACACGACUGACAUGUAGACGGUGACAACGGAGGAGAACGAGAGACCAGGUGGCGUUAGUUAAAGCUCGAAUGAGAAAAAAGUGAAUAUUAAGAUGUGAAACAGGGUGAUUUUACCAGAACACACGGGAGGCCGUAGGUAACUACAGCAGAGGUGUAGUUUUUAUCUCUCCUUUCAUAAGGAUUCGCCUCAUUAGGCCUCUAUACAGGACACAUGCUGAAGACAUCUUUAACUUUUUAACUUACAGUACUAGUUGUCUUUGAUGGAACCAUUGAUGGACUAGAAAGUUCAACGUGAAACAAACUGCUUUAGUUUGAAGUUUCCUCAACAAAGGUCCUUCAUGUCAUCACUCUUUGCAUCACUUGUGGAUGUUUUUAAAUGUAUUAAAUAUAACACCUGGCACCAGUUGUUUCACAGAAAACAGGGUACAGAAAUAAAGCUGCACCUGUGAUGUUUUAUUAACUUUAGUUAUGACCUUUGCUUUGAAUUAAGAUCUUUUUUGUGUUUCUGCAAAUGGUUUUAUUUUUAUUUUUUGUAUGAUUUUUUUUUUUUCCCGUGUUGCUGUAAUUGUGGGAAAACACUUCAUUUUUCCACGUCUGGAGUCCCUCCCACUUGGUAUGAAUUUUCCUGCAUGAUCUUGUUUAUGUUGCCGUGGUUACCGCAGCAUUCACACACAAACUACACCUCCAUGUGAAACAGACAAGGGGCCUUUGUGCUGCCCUUCAUUAUUGGUUCAUCGUGUAUGCUCUUUUAUAUCUGACUUCUAGUUCCACUGGUAAAAUAUGCAUUUAUUUGACUUCCGAAAUGUUUGAAUAAACAACAC